AAAUGUUGUUUGUUUGUUAGCGCUUUGGUUCUUGGAGCUUGAAAUAUGGGUUUUCUUUUCCUUUCCUCUCCUCAGUUUUCACUUUUCACCUUUUUUCUAACACACUUCACUUCCCCUCACUUUGAAUUUGAAUGUACUCUACAAAACAGACAAUAUAGCGCUCAAGGUGUUUGCAAAAAUGACGCAAAUGGAAUCUCUGAUGUAAUCAUUCCCCUCCUCCUUCAUUCUCAAGAUUUCCCUUCACAACAGCUAUGAUUUUAUCCCAAAGGUUCAGUCUUUUUGCCAUUUGGGGCUGCAAGAUUCCUCUAGAAACUGCUCUUCUAUGAUGUGACUGUCUUCACCUUUAAUUGGGGGAAUGUGGUUUGCUUUUUUACGGUCUCUCUGUAUAUAGUGGAAUAUUGUGUUUGAGAAAUGAGGGGUUUUGCUAAAUUGCUUUCUUAUGUUAGCUCAUAACUAUCUUUCUAUGGAGAGGAAUAGACAUGAGGGGUUAAAGAUGGUUGUGUUGUUAGCUUUUUGUGUGAAUGUACUCUCAUCUGAAUGCAUAGAUAGGCCUAGCAAGAGCUUCUCCGGCGAGCCGCCGCCGCCGCUCAGCCUCAACAACAGGCUGAGGAGGAUUUUCUUGAGCAUAGGAUUAGGGAUUGUGACAGGAUUGAUUGGUGCCCUUCUCUUAGCUUUGCUGUUUAGGCACUUUGUGAAGUAUGUGAACAGAGCUCCAAUUCUCAAAGGCCCUGUGCUGUUUUCGCCUCGAAUCUCCGCUAGGACGCUUAGAUCAGCCCUCUCGAGCAGCUCGGACCUUCUGAGCUCGAGCCCGACUGGAAGAUACUACAAGGCCGUCCUCGACAACGGGCUUGUGGUGGCAGUCAAGAGGCUCGAGCCUGACUGUGGGGUCGGGGCUCGGGGGAAGGCCUUGAGGAAGAAGAUACGGAAGGAGCUCGAAGUUCUUGCGAGCUUGAGGCAUAGGAAUUUGAUGAGUUUGAGGUCUUAUGUUUGUGAAUCGAGUGGAUUCUCGUUGGUGUAUGACUUUGCCCCAGCUGGGAGCCUUGACGAUGUAAUGAGGAGAGUGAGGGAGAAUCAGUUGGAGCUCAAGUGGGAGUCUCGGCUUCGUGUUGCUGUUGGUAUUGCUAGAGGGUUGUAUCACCUGCAUUUCGCCUGUGAUCCGAGAAGGUUGCACUAUAACUUGAAGCCCUCGAAUGUGAUAUUGAACUCGCAGUUCGAUCCUAGGUUGGCUGAUUUGGGACUCGCUGCUAUCCUUCCCGAUUUCAGACGAACAGCAUCGGGGUACAAUGCACCCGAGUGUUUUCAGAAUUGUAGGUAUACAGAUAAAAGUGAUGUCUUCAGCUUUGGGGUGAUAUUAGGCGUUCUAUUAACCGGCCGGGACCCACUGGACCCGUUAUUUGGCGACGGGGGAAGCUUAGGGCAGUGGCUCCGGCAGCUGCAGCAAGCCGGCGAGUGCCGGGAAGCGCUGGACAAAGGCAUUCUAGGAGAAGAAGUGGAAGAGGAGGAGAUGCUGAUGGCUGUGAGAAUCGCGGUCGUGUGCCUAUCAGACUUGCCCGCUGACCGCCCCUCGACCGAUGAGCUCGUUUCUAUGCUGACUCAGCUGAACAGUUUCUAAAGCAAGCCAGGAGAAGGAGCUUUUGGUUGUCCCCGCGGCUUACACAGCAUGAGGCAACGUGCAUAGGUUUGCCGUGGGAGCAACCACUGAGCUCCGGCUUCGUCUGUAGCGAACGAGUCAUUUUUUGAGCGCAAACGAGGCUACGUUGUAGUGUUUCUUGCUUGACUGAGAUUGGUGUUGUGAAGGGACUGAUUUGAUGGAGGAAAGUGGGGAGGCAUUUUGCUUAUGGUGAAGGGGAUGAUUUUGUUUGCCCUGUAACUUUUUUGAAUCAGAGGUCCUUUCACAUUUUCACCGCUCUUUAACAUAUCUUGAUAUUAAUUAUCUUCUUUAUUUUUGGCGAAUUAGAGUUUAAUACUCUCAGUCCCUGUAUAAACGAAGCCCUUUUUAGGCACGAAAUUUAAGAAAUUGAUAUUUAAAUUAAAGAGAUAAA